CGUCACGGCGGGGCCGGCAGCGGCGGCGGCGGCGGCGGCGGCGGUGGGUGCGCUCCGCUCCGCGCCGCUCCGCGCCCCGCGCCCGCCAUGGCCGCCCGCCACCCCCGGGCCCUGCUCGCCCUCGGCCUGGCCCUGCUCGCCACCGCCGCCGCCGCCGCCACCGACCCCUUCUUGUCCCAGCUCGGGGACACCGCGGGCUGCCGCGGGCAGUGCGGCCGCAGCCUCCCCCGCCGGGCCGCCGCCGUGAGUCCAGGGGCAUCGGGCACCGGGGACGGGUAUCAGGGGCACCGGGAGCACCGGCGGUACUGGGAGCACCGGGGGGUACCGGGAGCAUCAUGGGAUGCUGUUCUCAACGCCUGUUACCGGGGCUGCCGGCUGUUCUCCAUCUGUCACUUUGUGGAUGCAAGCGCCGAGCUGAACACAACCAGAGCCGAGUGUGAAGCAGCCUGCGCUGAAGCCUACAGCAACGCGGAGGAGCAGUUCGGCUGCGUGACCGGGUGUCGCAAGCAGCUGCCCGAGGUGGAGAGCAGGAGGGAAAAGAGCCUGGAGCUGAAGGAGCCGUCGUUCUCCAUGUUGGAUUUGGUCUCCACCUUCUGCAAUGACAUUGUCAGCUCUGCCCAGAGCUUCAUCUCCUCCACCUGGACCUUCUACCUGCAGGCGGACGAUGGCAAAGUCGUGGUGUUUCAGUCCCAACCCGAGAUGGAAUAUCCAGUAUCCGAGGUGCAGGAGACCCAACCGGAGCGGCCGGGACGGAGGUCCGGCCCCCACAUCCCCCAGCCCCACACAGGUCUGAUUUGCAUCCCACACCCCUCACCCACACAGCGGGGCCCCCGGGUGAAGGGGGAGAAGCCCCUCGGGAAGGAGCCGCGGGGCAAAGCCAAGGGGCAGCACACGGACCCCCCCCCGCCGGAGCACGACUUCCUCGGCUGCAUGUCCAAGCGGGGGGCGGUGGGGUGUUACAGGCGCUCGGGCCUUCCUCGCUGGAUCCUGGCCGCCUGCCUCUUCCUCUCCAUCAUGGUGAUGCUGUGGCUGAGCUGUGCCAGUUUGGUGACGGCCCCCGAGCAGCACAUCAAGACCCAGCCUCUGAGCAUCAACGGGGACAAGGAGUACCUGGAGGACCUGGAUGGCCCUGGCAGCUUCCCCCUGCCACCCGUCAUCGCUGUCACCCUGUGCCCCACGCAUGGCGGCGAGGACGCGGGGCUGCUGCCCCUCAAAGUCGACCUAGACAAGACCAUCCUGUAGCGCUGCCACCCUUCUUGUCACCUCCACGCCACCGCCCCUGUCACUAUCCCUCUGGCAUCGUCCCCAGCUCUGUUCCCCUGGCUGCCCCAUGUCCCCAGCUCCCAGAGGGACAUCUCUGGCUCUGGCAUGGUGGGGACAAAGGGGACGAUGCGGCUCAGUCCCACUGUCCUCCCUGGGGACAGCCGCUGCGGAGGAGGCUCCCGGGAGCCGGGCAGCGGCUUUGCCUCCUCCGUAGAUGUGCUGUUUGCUGGGAUCCUGGUUUCCAGAAGAGCUGCCAGAGCUGGGGGAGCCCGUCCUUGCCGCGGGGCUGUCCAUCCCCUCCCGACCGGAGCCCCCCGGGUGGCACAGCCCUCCGGGCAUGGGUCCAGCACCGGGCAGGAGGGAGCCGGCUGCCGCCGGGGGGAUGGUGACAGUGUCUGCAGCGCUCGGCGCUUGGGCUUGGCACAUCCCCGGCCUCCCACCUUGGGCUGAGCCCCUGAGGCGCCGGCUCUGGCCCUGGGAACUCCCUUCCACCGGCCGGAGCCGAUUGCCUCGGGAACCCGAAACGUGGCGAAUGGAUUUGGCGUUGGCAGCCGCAGAGAGGAGCGGAUCUCACCCAUCUCACCGCCUCUGUGCCCACGUGGAGACCCAGCCGGCUCCUUCCCGGAGCUGCAGAGGGGCCCCGGGAUGGCCGUGUCCCCUCCCUGCUCUGCAAUGUCCUUGGGGUGAUGCCAACAGGUCGCCAGUGGGACCGAGCAGGGGACGAGGUGGCAAUUUUGUGUCUCAUGCUCCUGGCUCAUGCCCGAGCUCAGGCGGGAGCUGCUGGGAUGGUUCCCCCUGGUGCAGCAUCCCUGCCCGACGCUGGCGCUGUAGCUGAUGGUGGGACCGUGCAGCAGCCAGCAGGACACACGGGGACAGCCCUGGGGUCUCAAGCCAAGCGGGGACCCCCGGGCUCACCCCAACACAGCCCCUCGGCGUGGAGGGGUCCCCUCCCUGCCCUGCUCCGCAGGGCUCUGCUCCCCCUCUCCCCGCCAUUCUCCAUCACUUGACUUCGUGUGUCGUUUUGUGGUUUGAUUUGCAUCGGCAUGUGGUUCCUCACCCCCCGCAUGGGGACACCCCUGUGUUUGGGAGGGACAGCUCAGUGGCAGCAGUCCCUGCUGUCCCCGCGGUCACCUAACACACCUGUACAGAUUACCUUAUUACCUGCGACUCCCUGCCUUGGGUUUUUUGGGUGCCAGCCGCUCCCCGGCGCUGAGCGGUCUCGGGGGGGCCCUGGUGUGGUGUGGUGGGGGGGCCUCAUCCCCAGCCCCCACCGGUUUUGUGCUGCUCCAUGUCACUGUCACCCGUGCAACAUAUCUGGGUUUGGGGAACUGGUUUGGGGGGGGGUGGCAGUGGGAAGGGGGUGUCGUGUCCAUUUUGGGGUACAUUGUCGCUUUUUGGCCGUUCGGCUCAAUGUAAAGCUCAAUGGAGUCUGUGGUGCUGUCCUGGUCACGGUGGCUCUCAGGGUCCCCGAGAGGGUGGUUGCAGAGCCCCCCUGGCGUCACUUCCAAAGGGCAAACCCAGCCCCAGGCUGGCUGGGCAGCGCGGGCGGCGGGGAAAUAAAAGGUUUGUACCAGAA